AGGUCGAAAACGCCAUUCCAAGCUCCGCCUUCCCAAGUCUAAUACGUUGUGCACACAAAAGGGGAAUCGGAAUUCAGGACUACACCGGAACUGUGCUAAUACGAAAACAUGGAUGGUGGUGUACCAAGUAAUUUUUCUACCAUGUUUCCAAACUUGGAGGCUAGUGGAAGUGCCAAAGCCCAUGAUGCAAGCCCAGGGUCAGUGGCGCUUCACGGCUUGGACACUGAGCUCCAGAAGAUGCUGAUUGAUGAAAGGAUGCGCUGUGAAAACCAUAAGACCAACUACCAGACACUUAAAGCUGAGCACACCCGACUUCAGGGUGAGUAUACACGGGUCCAGGGUGAGCUGAAAAGGAUGCUGAGUGAGAAGCAGGCUGGUCAGGAGAAACUGCAGUUGUUGCUGGCAGAGCUGAGAGCAGAGGUGUUGGAUAAGACACGGGAGCUUGAGGAACUAAAAUUACAGGUGAUGACCCCUCAGCGGCUGGAGUUAUUAAAAGCCCAGGUGCAGCAGGAGAUGGAAGUUCCUAUCAUGGAGCGCUUUCGUAAGCUAGAGGAGGAAGCUGAGAAAUACAGAUCUGAAUACAACAAAUUGCGCUACGACUUCACCUUUCUCAAAUCUGAGCGAGAUCACCAGCGAGAGGAACACGAGCGCAUCUUGGAGGAGCAACGAUUACGUUAUAAUGCAGAUCUGGCUCUUUUGGAGAGGGAUAAAGAGAAGCUAAGUGCGCAGCUGCAGAGUGGUGAUUAUGCAAGUGAUGGAAAGCGUGUGGAAGCACUAUUAAGAGAAAAGGCACAACUCCAUCAGCGGCUCUGUAGCCUUGAGGCCGAGGUGGCUGAGCUCCGUGCAGAGAGGGACAGCACAGGAGCACAGGCAGAAAACACACACCGCAUCCAGCUCCGGCAGCUGGCCGAGUCCCAGGCUGCGCUCAAGUCACUAGAGUCGGAGAAGCAGUCUGUGUGCAUGCAGUUAGAUCGAGUGGAAAAGGAGCUGCGCUUGAGCCAUGAGCAGAACGCCGUCCUCACAGGAAAAUUGCACAAGGCUGAGAGGGAAAUAAAUGCUCUGAGCAGUCAGGCUGAAGAAGUUAAACAUGCCCAUAGGUUGGAACUGGCUAAUGUGAAGAUGGAGUUCCUGAAAACCAGAGGAGAAGUGGAAAGGGAACGGGAUAAACUGCAAACCCAAGUGCAGAGUCUGCAGUCUGAUCUAGAAGUUUUUACCGCAGCGUCUAAAAGGAAUAAAGAGCUGUUGUCAGAAAAAGAGCAGGAAAUGGUGCUUAGGAUACAGGGAGCUAGAGAAGAAGAGAUGAGAAAGUUUGCUGUACUUCAGGAGGAGAAGCUGGAACUGGAGAAUCGCCUUUCUGAGCUGGAGCAGUUAAGAGCUUUACAGGAAGCAGCAGGGAACUCGAAGAGCGAGGAAUUUGAGGAUCGUCUCCGUGCUGCUUGGCUUGCGGAGGAGUCUGCACGCAAAGAACUGCAGAAUAUCAAAGCUAAACUGCAGCAGCAGAUGCAGCAGUUGGAGGAGCUGGUGAGACAAAAGACUGAGAACACAGAGUUGAGAAAACACAAUGCAGAGCUAAAUGCGCAAAUCAGCACCCUGUCGUAUUCAGAGCGUGAGCUGAUGGACGCUAAUGGAAGGCUGAGGGAGAGUCUGGAAAGAGUGAGAGAAGAGUUACAAAGUGCUCGCACACAAAUGGAGAGGACUCGGCAGGAAGCCGAAAGGCUGGAAGAGGAAAAACGUGUGGAAUGGUUUGAGGAAAAACAUAAACUUCAGGAAAGAGUCACAGAUCUGCAGGAGAAAUACAGUCAAGCUAAACAACGCAUGCAAAAAGCUGCUCUUGCACAAAAAAAGAGGAAGACCAUAACUGAGACGAAGGAAAAGAAACUGCAGGAUAAAUUACAGCUGCUGGAAGCCAAGAUAGAAGAACUGGAAAUUGAGAGUUCUGUGGCCAAGAAAAAUCCCUCAUUUGCCAAAGAGCAUGCUCAACUUAGCAGGCAUCUAACAGAGCUGCAGAGGAAACACAAAGAGUUUCGCCAACUGCUGUUGGGAAAUCACCUGCCCUCUAUGUCCCUUCCCCACUCUCUGCUCAUUGCAGGACCAGAGUGUAGCUUUAUAAACCUGCAGGAGGAGCAGCACCUGCGGCAGAUAUCCAGGGUGCAGAGGAGACUGGAGGAGCUGGAGAAUAGUCAGCAACAACAGCUGCAAGAGCUGACUCCACCGCUGGAUCGGGACAGAGAAAAAGACAGACUUUUAACACCUCAGGACGGCCUUCCUAAUAUCUGACCCUGUGCUCUUUUGGGACUAUAGCCGAUUAUUUUGUGCCAAGUUAAAUGUGGGUCCACUUGCCGUUUUGUAAUUUUCUUUCUCAAAAGAUAACUAAAGUCUUCCUUAUCCCUGACCCAAACAAUUGAUUGCACCUGUUAUUUUUCUCCACCUAGCUAUAAAUAGCAUGUAAUUAUAUGGGCUGUAACGACAAGCAGUUUGUUCAGUAUUAACUGUUUAGCUGCCAGCAACCAACCUACAAGAAAAACUUUCUCAAGCCAUAACCUCAUUUUAUGUUUUUUUUUUACAUAUAUGAUAAACAAAAGGAAAAAUCUUGAUUAAAACAAUACUUUGUUCAAAAAA